AUGGAGGCAAUUUCGUUUCUAUUGUCAGAAGAGGAUCUAUUUCGCAGGAAGACCAAGGUGGAAGGGAUGCUCGGCUAUAAAUUUCAGAUUGAUGAGACUCGUUUGAUAGAGGCUCUCACCGCGCCUGGUGCUGAGGGAGAGGAGCGACAAGGGAAUCGAUACUUGGCAGAUUUUGGGCUUGAUACUAUCCGUUCCUGCAUUGCUUUUGACGGGUAUCAAAAGAAGGAUGUUAAACCAAGUAAUACUGCCAGCUUGAAACAACGGAUCUGUAGCUACUCUCAUCUUCAGGAAGUGGCUGAGCGUACGGGCUUCGACGAAUGCAUCAUCUAUAAUCCCCGAUCAGGGAAAGGUCGACCUGUUGUUGUUGGGAAGGCUCUUGCAGCAGCCAUCGGUGCUGCGCAUUUAGAUAACGGUUGGAACUAUGAACGAACGCUAAGUAUCAUUCAUAAGCUGGGAUUGAUGACUGAAAACGACAAUGGUGUUGAUCCUCAACUCCUGGGAGUGCAGUCCGAAGUUCCAUCCGAGCCGAAUGUUACUGACAUGUCAGUUGCAAUGAAUGAGGCCAUAGUACAGAUCGUUGACUAUUCGGCCACUUCUGUCAAUGGAAAUGAAGAAGACACAGAUGCUUCUGUUGUCACUGGAGCUGGAGACGAUGAUUCCGACACCAAUAUGCCGACAAAGAAACGCCCACAAAAGGAGGACAGUCGUCUUACGGCUUAUUUGGAAUGCGAAGAAAGUAGGUGCGCAGAUCUCGACUGGCCUUUUCCAACUGAAACGUAUUAUACCGAAAAUAUCCAAGUAGCUCUCAGAAGUCAAGCUAAAUCUCGCAAUCUGAUAACCUGUCAGAGGUUAAUUCUGUGUGUUGGAAGCGCAGAAUCUCUCAUCACUCUACGAGAGGCAAUUAGGUUUUGGCGCGAAGAUGCCAAUCAGAGCUUAGGGCUCCCACUGCAGGCGUUGACAGCGAGCGACCUUUUAGGACUGAUUGAGAGCAAUGCAGAAACCAUCUCUUACCACCUGAUACUGCAGAGAUACUACAUCUUGGAACUUUUUCAAAAAAGUGGUGGAGCCGACACGCCAUCUUGUACGGGAUUCCUAGUUGUGGACUAUGAUGGGAACAACGUCAACAGAAGGCCAGGCAAUCCCGUGCAUAGCAUGGACACAGAUGUGUCCAAGAGAAUACUCCAGGAGGUGGAGCCGCUGCUUGAUGGAAAUUCUCCCGAAUACAAGCACAGACUCGAGACCAUCAAAUCACUUCGGGCUCUGGGCAUGAAGUAUCACACCUUGACCUCCAACUUCGGCCCAGGAAUCCUAGCCUUAAUACCAUCCAGCGAGCAUAUUGGACAGAUUGGGGUGACGAUUUCGGCUUCUGAUAUUUCGCGAGUUUCAAUUUCUCUUUUCAAGAGGGUCAUCGGCAUCUUGAAUGAUACCCAAGGAAUGGAGCUGAGGAGUCUUAGUCAAGUUGUUUGGGACAAACUGAAAGACAUGCUAGUCCAUUCAGGAAACCCAGGCGGAAGAAGACUUUGGUUAGAGACUAUCGAGAGCAGUGAUUUGCUCAGAUUUCCAAAGAACUCGCCAAUCCUAGCACAGCUCUUUGACUAUACUUGA